CCCGUGCCGAGCUGCUGGAGAGCCUCCUGUCAGGUAAACCGCAGGCAGUCGGGCUGUCCCAAGGGCCAGGUGGCUCUGCUUCCAAACUUCUGCCUUCCCCCAGGUUGCUAGGAGCAAAAGCUUCAUCUUGGGGGAGUAGAGUGCGUGACGACCCUCCCCGCUUCAGGGCCUUACUUUUAUUCCCGGAGGUGAGGGAAGGCAGUAUCUGCCCUGGGCACGCCAUCCACUCCCCGGAUGUUUUCUGUGCAAUCGUCGAGUCUCCUUCCUUCCACUGAUACCCCGAGUUCUCUUUUUUGGUCUCUAGCAAAAUCCACUUCCUGUUGUGGGCCAACACCCCCCCAAGGGGAUAGUGGGUAAAUGCCCAGGUCCCUGGGGAGCAGGAGCAGAAGAGGAACAGAUUGGGGCCGUAUGCCUCUAUCCAAGAGGGACCAGGAAUGGGGCCCAGGUCCUCAGACAUCACUUGGCUGAAAAACAUCAUCAUCUCAGCCCCACCACUCCCUGCCCGCAGAGGACGAGAACACAGGCUUCUGAGCACCCCAUCUAGUAGUAUCAGAGAGAUGAUCACAGGGAGGACUGGUGCCCUGGAUUAAGGCUCAAACACCCCCAAAGAAAGGGGAAGUCGCUGACUUGAGGGAGGCACCCAAUUUCCGUUAUGUGGUUCCGGGAGGAGGAUGGAUGGACCAGAGGGGGACUGCUGACUUGGCACAAUCCCCGCCACCCCCGUCUAAUUCUGGGCCACAGGAAAUGGAGAGAACAUCUGCUGUCGCUGGCCCCCUCGAUGGGCACCUCUGGGCACCCCCACAGUCUGCCUCCUUGGCCAGCCUCGGUGUACAAGUGCUGCUGCUCCCCAGCCUCGGCUCCCAAGGGCAGGUGGCCCUGCGGACACUCGGAGGCCAUUACCCCACAACCACCGUUGGUGGCUUUCAUCCUAAUAGGAGGAAGCCCUGGGACAAAGAGGAAAACUAGAAGCAAAGACGGGGGGACUGGAAGGGUCUUCAAGAAGUCGAGCCCCAACUGCAAGCUCACUGUGUACUUGGGGAAGCGGGACUUUGUAGACCACCUGGACAAAGUGGACCCUGUAGAUGGCGUGGUGCUCGUGGACCCUGACUACUUGAAGGAUCGCAAAGUGUUUGUGACCCUCACCUGCGCCUUCCGCUAUGGCCGCGAGGACCUGGACGUGCUGGGCUUGUCCUUCCGCAAAGACCUAUUCAUCGCCAACUACCAGGCCUUCCCACCAGCGCCCAACCCCCCGCGGCCCCCAACCCGCCUGCAGGACCGGCUGCUCAGGAAGCUGGGCCCGCAUGCCCACCCCUUCUUCUUCACAAUCCCACAGAACCUUCCCUGCUCCGUCACUCUGCAGCCAGGCCCUGAGGACACGGGGAAGGCCUGCGGGGUAGACUUUGAGAUUCGAGCCUUCUGUGCCAAAUCACUAGAAGAGAAAAGCCACAAAAGGAACUCUGUGCGUCUGGUGAUCCGAAAGGUGCAGUUUGCCCCAGAGAAACCUGGCCCCCAGCCUUCAGCAGAAACCACACGCCACUUCCUCAUGUCCGACCGGUCCCUGCACCUUGAGGCCUCCCUGGACAAGGAGCUCUACUACCACGGGGAGCCCCUCAAUGUCAACGUCCACGUCACCAACAACUCCACCAAGACCAUCAAGAAGAUCAAAGUCUCUGUGAGACAGUAUGCCGACAUCUGCCUCUUCAGCACUGCCCAGUACAAGUGCCCUGUGGCUCAGAUCGAACAAGAUGACCAGGUGUCCCCCAGUUCCACGUUCUGCAAGGUGUAUACUGUCACCCCGCUGCUCAGCGACAACCGGGAGAAGCGGGGUCUGGCCCUGGAUGGGAAGCUCAAGCACGAGGACACCAACCUGGCUUCCAGCACCAUCGUGAAGGAGGGCGCCAACAAGGAGGUGCUGGGCAUCCUGGUGUCCUACAGGGUCAAGGUGAAGCUGGUGGUGUCUCGUGGCGGGGACGUCUCUGUGGAGCUGCCUUUCGUCCUCAUGCACCCCAAGCCCCACGACCACAUCACCCUCCCCAGGCCCCAGACAGCUGCUCCGGACACAGGUGUACCUGUGGACACCAACCUCAUUGAAUUUGAUACCAAUUACGCCACGGACGACGACAUCGUGUUCGAGGAUUUCGCCCGGCUCCGGCUAAAAGGGAUGAAGGAGGAGGAUUAUGAGGACCAGCUCUGCUAGGAGAGGGGUGGGU